ACAGUGACCUCUGGUGGUUAAGAAGUUAACUUGUGGCAGAUCACUCUCAGUUUGGUGGAUAACAGAAUAUCAUUACCAGAUCAUUAUCAUAUCAUUACCAGAAUGUCAAAUUCAUGACUGACGGCAGAACAUACUGAAUUUGUCUUUAGGUGGAAGGAUCCAAAACCAACUCACUACUGUAAACAAACAUGCUUGGAACAUUUUGCGGAAUAAUAUUUUUCAUUGCCUAUUUGCCGUAUACUGAAGGCCAAAGUUAUCAUGAAUUUGGCAUGAUUGAAACAUGCAGUGGAUCAGCUGGUGCUAAUGAAGUUCUCUUCACAUAUGAAACUGAAGUGGCUGGAUACAUGGAUUUAGAAGAGGCAAAAAUAGUUAUCACAGAACAUGAUAUUGUAUAUAGUAUUCUUGACAUUGAUAAAUUAAUCCAACAAGAUAUUGAGUCCGCUCUUACUGGAUUAACAUCUUUGUGCAAAGAGACUUAUUUCAGGAUCCUCUCUUUUAAUAUAUCUGAACCUCUUGAACCUCCCUGGACCUCAAUUUACACCAGGAAUGAUGUGAAAUUACAUGUCAAUAACACCCUGAUUUGCCUUGUUUCUGGAUUCUACCCUCCACCGGUCAGAGUCUCAUGGACUAAGAACAAUAUGAAUGUGACAAAUGAAUCAACAGUCAGCAGAUAUUACCCAAACAAAGAUCGGACACUGAAUGUAUUUUCUCGACUGAGUUUCAUUCCAGAGGAAGGAGACAUUUACAGCUGUUCUGUGGAGCACAAAGCCCUUCAACAACCUCAAACCAGAACAUGGGAUGUAGAGAUAAAGGAGCCCAGCAUCGGUCCAUCAGUGUUCUGUGGAGUUGGUCUGACUCUUGGGCUGCUGGGUUUGGCCACUGGAGUCUUUUUUAUUGCCAAAGAGAAAAGAUGGAUAUAGUUAUACUGACGCACUAAGAGUGCCAUAUUUGUUGUUAGUUAUAUUGUUGUGCACAGAUCCCCUGCAAAUUUGCAUUGCAAAAUAUAUGACAAAAAUACUUUAUCUUCCACUUGUUUUGAUAGAUAAUCCAGAUCUGCCUCAUAAACGGAAGCUUAGUUUAAGUAAAAACAUAUUACUACUCAUCUUUCAGUAAUACUUUUUGCUUUGUGUGUGUUUGUGAAUUGAAAAUAAUGUUAUUAAAUGUGUUGAUUAAUACUAUACGAUCAGCUGAUAUAUUUAUUUUAUUUUGGUCUUUCGUUGAUACUAUACCAUUCUUCAGUAUGCAAAUAGUCAGCCUGGAUUUACACGGUUAUGUUCAGUUCAGUUCCGCUUCUGUCAUGUCUGCAUUCUCAUUUGUUUAUGGCUACUCAAUUGUUAACGUUUAGGUGACUAGAGCUGGGAAUUCUUCAAAACCAAGACCAAAAUAUAUAAGUGUGAUUGUAUACUAUAGGCUGCUGUUCUGUUUUGUUUUCUGCCUGUCCUGGUUAUUAUGUUAUUAUGUCAUAUUUUGUUUAUUGUUGUAAUUAACUUUUGUCCUUGUUAGGUGUUGUAGUAGUUUAUGGGAUGCUGAUACAUUUCUUAAGUGCUGCUUUUCUUGGCCAGGGAUCAUUUAAAAAGAGACAGUCUCAAUAUGAUUUCCCCUGGUUAAAUAAAUGAAAUAAUAAAUAAUAAUAAAAAUGUCAAUCACUGAUGAAACGUAAAAAGGCCUGUUUUACACAGUCGACACAAACAGAGUGUAGACUAGGUGCUAUUAAUUAACACUUAACAGUAAGUUUGGCUGGUCAUUAAAGUUUUCAUUUCAAAUAAAAUUUCAUUAUAGUAGGCCUAUUGUAGAAAUUUUACAAAUGUAUAUUUUUUAACAUCUUGUAAAAAAAAAAAUGAAAUAAACAUUAAAGGGUAGUUCACCCAAAAAUGA